UAACGACGUGCAUAGAAAUCUGGGAUAUUAAAUAAGUGAAAUAGGAGCAUGAAGACACGAUAUUUUAUUUUAGUUUUUAGUUUACGAUAAAAACGUAAAAAUUGCUGUCUUUUCUUAUGACUACUAAUUUUUACACCUCCAGUAGGAGUAGGUAUACUUCAAGUUUUAAUAUUAAGUGAAUUUGUGAGCCGAUCUGACUAUGGGGGGAAAUCGUUUUCAAUAGACACGAAGGAAAGUGAAUUGGAAAUAAUGGGAGUUCUAUUCAUUGACGACAGAACGGUUUCAUCGUUCACCUUGAAUAUACCAGCGCUAAUGGUGACACUGGACUCUAAUCGGAUAAAAUGUUAUUAUAUAUCUUGUUCCCGUUGCUGGUGCAACUGGCGCUAGCCCAUCGAUGCCCACUGCCGUUUCAGCUGAAACCGUUGGACACGAAUAACGGAUCGGAGGGAUGUUGCAACUGCGGCUUCAGGGAUACGUCGUAUAUGGACGCCAAAUGCGGCGCGAAGACGCCGUUCAUGAAUCUGGUGGAAAAAUUGAUUUCCGCCAGAUGCGACAUUUCUGACCCUUGCAACAGACUGGGCACAGAAGAAGUGCCCAACGAAUGGUUUGACUUUAUCGUGGUCGGCGGCGGCGUGGCCGGGCCGAUAAUCGCCAGGAGGCUCAGCGACAAUUAUUGGUGGAAGGUUUUACUGAUCGAAGCUGGACCAGAGGAACCGUCGAUGACGGCGGUUCCUGGACUUGCGUUCCAUACGAUUAACUCGUCCUUAGACUGGGACUACAAAACGGAGCCUACGGAACCUCACCCGACUGCGUGCUUAGAGACAAACGGAGUGUGCACUUGGCCGCGAGGUAAGAUGGUCUCCGGUACAGGCGGGAUGCACGGGAUGAUGUACGCCCGCGGUCACCCGGAAGUGUACAACAGCUGGGCCCGAGGGGGUGCCACGGGUUGGGCAUACGACGAGAUCGUGCAUUAUUUCGAACGAGCCGAAGACCCCGUGGACCCGACCAUACUGUCCGAUAAACCGAGAACCGUGCCCGUACCAGGGCCAAUGAAAAUCCAAUACUACAAGAACAGACCGGUGUUCGCGGACGAGGUAUUAAAAGCCGCGUCCGAACUUGGUUACAGAACGUCGAAACUGAAAGAGUAUACUCAGACCGGGUUCAUGGUCGCGCCUAUGACGACCGAGAAUGGUAUACGCGAGACGACCUCGAGGAACUACUUGAGGCCCGUGAAGGGCAGAUACAAUUUGCAAGUUUUGAUAAACGCCCAGGUGACCAAAGUUCUGAUGAACCAAUGGCAGAGGAAGGCGCUCGGCGUGGAGCUGGUCGACAAAGACGGUUACAGAAGGAUCGUGAAGGCCAAUAAGGAAGUGAUCCUGACCGCGGGGGCGAUAGGUUCUCCGCACAUUUUAAUGAACUCCGGUAUCGGACCGAAGGAGCAACUGAGUAAAUUGGGGAUGAACGUCGUGACGGAUCUGCCUGUGGGCAAGAAUCUGCAUAACCACGUGUCAGUGGGAGUUCACUAUACUAUAAAAGACACCGCGUACGAGCCGAUGACUAUGAACAGCGUGAACGAGUAUUUAGAAACGAGGACGGGUGCCAUGGCGAGCACUGGGUUGACCCAAGUGACCGCGUUCCUCGAGAGCAGCUACGCCCCGACUGGUGUACCCGAUAUACAAAUGUUCUUCGACGGUUUCUCGCCCAACUGCCCGAAAACUGGACUGGACUUCGAGUGCCUGACCGGCGCACUCGACCUCUGUCCCGACAGGAGAGCGAUCGUAAUCAGGCCUACGACGGUCACCGUCGCCAGUCGAGGAUACAUGAAACUCCGCUCUGGCGAUCCCUUGGCACCGCCGUUACUUUAUCCGAAUUACUUUACUAAUACGAAAGACUUGAAAGUGUUGAUCGAGGGUAUUCAAAAAUCUAUCGACCUCACCAAGACGGAGACUAUGAAGAAGUGGGACCUUCGAUUGAACCCCGUAGUUCCUCCUCUUUGUGCAAAUGAUCAUUUCGGCAGUGACGCUUUCUGGGAAUGCUACGUGAGAGUAUCGACCGGACCUGAGAACCAUCAAGCCGGUACCUGCAAGAUGGGCGCGAUCGACGAUCCGUCGGCCGUCGUGGACCCGGAGCUCCGAGUUCGCGGCGUGCCGAACGUCCGAGUCGCGGACGCGUCCGUGUUUCCGACGGUGCCCAACGGUAACCCCAUUGCGGCGAUCAUGAUGACCGCGGAGAAGGCGGCCGACAUGAUCGCGAAUACGUGGAAGUGAACUGUGUUCGUGACUAUUUGUAAUAGUGAUGGCCGUGUGAAUCGAAACAUUAGAAUACUGAAAACUCUUAAGAUGAUCAGGGCGAUCAGAAGCAGCUUCGAGUCUCAUCGAAACUUACACUACGUAGACUGCGGAGUAAAACAUUUAUGGCAAUCAAUUGAUAGAUUCUCAUUCAAAUUUCUUUUCUUAUUUAAAAUUUACAAUAAAAUGAGUGAAAUUCUCCACGUUUUUAUAAUGCAAAGUUUAUAAUUUCUGUAACGAUUUAUUUAUAAAUGCAUAAAAUCUGCAGUCUACUUAAAUGCUUUGAACGAGAUUCGAACCGUUUCAGAUCCCAUCACUGUUCGUGACCCAUGAACUCUGUGGACUAUGAACGAAACGUCUCGCUGCUAUCAAGAUCGCUUAAAAAAAGAGACCGUUCAGACUUGCAUUUUAGAAGCCUUAUUUCCUUAUCUUAGAAGGAUACUAGUCUGCACACUGUCACAUACAACAUAAUACUCGUGUUUGUGCUACUUCGACAAGUCCUUUGAUUCUCCACUAUCUUUCGAAGGCUUUCGAACGACACAGAUUAUAUUAUUCAACAUUUGUGUUCCCCUUAGAAAAAGAAUUGAAAAACUAAACGAGAAACGUGCCAACAAUCUAAUCAAUAUAAAUUCAAAUAUCCUUGUUUAAAACGCCUGAAAUACUUAAUCGAAACUGUUAGACGAAAAUCAGGAAGAGGUGAGAUCUGAUUGGAAUCGGAAUUGAAAGUUAAAAAAAUAACAGUCUAAUACGAGUUUGACUUAUGUGCCAUAGGCGACAGGAUAUAAUGUGAAUUAUGAGACAGCACUGUGUACGUCCCUGAUUUUGUACAUAGACCAGGAGCAUACAAUAUAAAAAGAAUAAUAAAUACUGAACGAAAAUAACAUUUAUAAAUUGUACUAUUAUAUUAGUGAUAAGAAUAAUCCUUUAGAACAGCGUUUCAGUGGAACACGUGUGUCAUGAAUGAAAUAUAUUAUUUAUUUGAAAUAUUCUAUAGACUCCUCUUGUUAAGAACUAUUAUACUAUAUAUUCGUACUAUGUAAUAGUCAAAUAAUUGUAUAAUAAUUCCAUUUCAGGUUCUUAUACAAUAGAAUAUCAGAAAUUUUAAAUAGAUAAAAUGAAUAUUGAAAUGUAUUGUAUUAUACGUACAUAACUUGCACGUGAUCGCAUGAACUCCACGUGAUCGCAUAAAUUACAACAAAGUAAAUGAAAUACGUUUAGUAUCGCCCUAUUAUGAGUUGUAUUAUAUUAUUGCUAAAAAGUAUUUUACAAGUAUUUAAAUAAUUUAAGCAGUAGAAUUUCUACUCAAGGCUAGAUUAUAUCAGAACAAUUCGAGUUAUCAGAUACAUAUUCAUAUACAUAUUUCUUCGUUGCACGUACACACUUAUUGACGCACAAUAUGGAACAAUAAUAAUGCGUUAUAUUUUUGAAAACUGAAACAAACCGUUAUCUGUUUUUAAUUUCUUCGAAACUUUCACGUAUUUCAUUUAUAUAAAUAAGAGGACCGAUUUCUAUUUUUUAGUGCCUCAUCUCCACUUCUAAAAUCUAGAACUACCGAUUUUUUUUCAUAUACAUAUACUUUGUUCCAUGUCCUCACCAUUUAAGGAGAAAUGCGACGCUUUUCAACAGGAAACACAGUCGCGUUUCACCUGGGCAAUAACAAACAUAAUCUCGAGUGUUACACUUUUAUUUGUGAUAUCAUGUUAAAGUGUAAAAUUGGACGAUUAAUAAAAUGGACAGUUUUGUAUA